GCAUGCUCGUGCUCUUUCUUAUAUUUCUUUUCAUUUGAUGUGAUUUGACUGCGUGAAAUAGUUUUUAGAAACAGGGCCUAUAUAAACUAGAUUUCACAGCAAUGACAUGUACUAAUCUACAAAAACUUACAUAAAAGUAAAUGAAGUGAGUUAUAACAGUUAUUAAUUCGUGAAGUGCUAGAUUUCAAACUAAAAUGUGGUCGAUGACAGUGUAAAACGGGUGAUCACUACGAAAGAACCAUUGUGCCGAAAAAUAAAUCCUGACGCAAAAAAAUUAUGUUAUUGUAAAUAACAUUAUCUGUGAUCUCGAAGUGACAUAGUAUUUUUAUUAUUUUUUUUAUUGUAUGAAUCGUGUUCAGCUUUAGUGCAAUUCAUAUAUGACGAUAAGAUGAGUUCGAUGAGUUCAAACAACGUAAGACCGCAGCUUCCCUUGCGACAGAUUGACCUGGAUCAGAUAUGGGGCGAUUUACGGGAAGGUAUCGAACAAGUGUACACGAGACAGCUCAUGGUAAAGCAGAGAUACAUGGACUUAUAUACACACGUAUAUAACUAUUGUACAUCAGUUCACCAGCAGGGGUCAAGUUCGAGCGGCUCCAGUAGGACGAGUGUCACCAAUAAUGGUGGCAGGAACAGCUCAUAUAAAAAUAAGAUUCAACAAGUGCCUGGCGGCGCUCAACUGGUCGGUCUUGAAUUAUACAAGAGGCUACGUGAUUUCCUUAUAUUCUAUCUUAUUAAUUUACUCGAGCACGGCGUAGACCUGAUGGGCGAGGACGUCCUGGGCUUCUACACGACACAGUGGGAGGAGUACCAGUUCUCGAGCCGAGUGCUCAACGGGGUUUGCUCCUACCUCAACAGGCAUUGGGUCAAGCGUGAAUGCGAAGAGGGAAGGAAGGGUAUUUAUGAGAUCUACCAGCUCGCGCUGGUGACCUGGCGUGAUCAUUUGUUCCAAAGUUUGAACAAACAAGUGACCAAUGCUGUACUGAAACUCAUCGAGAGGGAGCGCAAUGGAGAAACCAUUAACACUAGACUAGUGUCUGGGGUGAUCAACUGCUACGUAGCUCUGGGUCUUAACGAGGAGGAGCCCUCGGCCCGUGGGCAGAACCUGGCCGUGUAUAAAGAUACAUUCGAAGCUGUAUUCCUCGAAGACACGGAGAGAUUCUACACGAGGGAAAGCACCGAUUUCCUGAGAAAUAAUCCCGUCACUGAAUACAUGAUUAAGGCGGAGCAGCGUCUGCAGGAGGAACAGCGUCGCGUGCAGGUUUACUUGCACGAGACCACAAUGGAGCGACUUGCCAAGACUUGUGACCGAGUGCUCAUCGAGAAACACCUCGAGAUAUUCCACGCAGAAUUCCAGAAACUCCUGGACGCGGACAAGAACGCCGACCUGGGCCGCAUGUACAGCCUCGUGGCGCGCAUCCCCGACGGGCUGGUGGAGCUGCGGCGCCUGCUGGAGCAGCACAUCCACGCGCAGGGCCUCGCCGCCAUCGACAAGUGCGGCGACUGCGCGCACUCCGACCCUAAAGUGUAUGUGUCUACGAUCUUAGAAGUCCACAAGAAGUACAACGCGUUAGUUCUGGUUGCCUUCAACAAUGACUCUGGCUUCGUGGCUGCCUUGGACAAAGCCUGUGGAAGGUUCAUAAAUAGUAAUGCUGUAACGAAAGCGGCUAAUUCCUCAUCGAAGAGUCCAGAACUAUUGGCCAAAUACUGCGAUCUGCUUUUGAAGAAGUCGAGCAAGAACCCCGAAGAAGCAGAGCUCGAGGACACACUUAACCAAGUUAUGGUAGUAUUCAAGUACAUUGAGGAUAAAGAUGUCUUCCAGAAGUUCUACAGCAAGAUGCUAGCCAAACGACUCGUCCAACACAUGUCAGCCAGUGAUGAUGCUGAGGCCUCGAUGAUCUCAAAACUGAAGCAAGCGUGUGGAUUCGAAUACACGAGCAAGUUACAAAGGAUGUUCCAGGAUAUUGGUGUAUCAAAAGACUUAAACGAGAACUUCCGCAAGCACAUGGCCAACAGCUCCGAACAACCUCUUCAUAUCGACUUCAGCAUUCAAGUUCUAUCGUCUGGUUCCUGGCCUUUCCAGCAAUCGUCUAGCUUCCAGUUACCAACUGAGUUGGAGCGUUCGGUACACAGAUUCACAACGUUCUAUUCAUCUCAACACUCGGGCAGAAAACUGAAUUGGCUUUACAACAUGAGUAAGGGUGAACUCGUGACCAAUUGUUUUAAGAACAGAUACACAUUACAAGCGAGUACGUUCCAAAUGGCGGUGCUGCUGCAGUACAACGACAACACGUCCUGGAGUGUGCGCCAGCUGGAACAUCACACCGGGAUCAAGGGGGACUUCCUCAUACAGGUUCUACAAAUCCUGCUGAAGGCGAAGUUACUCGUCUGUCAAGACGACGAGUCCGAGCUUAUGGAGUCGUCGGUCGUCGAACUGUAUUUAGGAUAUAAAAACAAAAAACUCCGAGUGAACAUAAAUAUACCACUGAAAACAGAACUGAAAGUAGAACAGGAGGCGACGCACAAGCACAUCGAGGAGGACCGCAAGAUGCUCAUACAGGCUGCCAUAGUGAGGAUUAUGAAGACGAGGAAGACUCUAAAACAUCAACAUCUCGUCGUGGAGGUACUGAACCAGCUGUCUUCGCGAUUCAAACCGAGAGUGCCGGUCAUAAAGAAAUGUAUCGAUAUUUUGAUAGAAAAGGAAUACUUAGAGCGCACCGAGGGGGAGAAGGACACAUACAGUUAUUUAGCGUGAUCGCCUAACCGCAUAAUAAAUAAACUAUAACUAUUAUCUA